CAGAGUUUUCGGAGAAAUUAAGGUGCCAUUUCGAUCAAAACCAACUCCAUGCAUCUAUAUAUGUGUAUGUAUGUAUAUCUACGUUCUCCCCUUCUCUCUCUCUCUUUUUGUCUCUAGAACACACACUUGUCAUGCAUAAACUAGCAGUUAUUCAUAUAUACAACACAACAUGUAGAUAGAGAAAGAGAUGAAGUUUAACACUUUACACAGAGAAAAAGAGUUACACUGAGAAAUCAACACAAAAACACAGUUUAAGGAUCUGUGUGUGUGUGUGAGAGAGAGAGAGAGAUAGAGAGAGAGAGAGAGAGAGAUGUCCUCUCAAGCAGGAUCAAUAAUAACCAGAUGUUUCUUUCUCUGUCUUGUCCUCUCUUUAUCCUGUCUCGUGUUUCUCUCUCUAAAAUCCACCAUCUUUCUCAAGAAACCCAUUUCCGGCGGCAACGUUCACGGUGGCUCCACCCUCAAGAUCCGACCCAGAUACACCUCCUACGACAAUUACAUUCACCACCAACUUCAGAAAACCACCAACCCGAAGCUCCGAGAAAUAUGGACCACCCGAGAUUGGGACCGAAAAAUUCGUGUUUUCACACAAUUUUUUUCGGAUCUAAAGCACAAAAACCUGUUAUCCAAUUCAUCCAAAGCUCUCUGUGUCGGAGCUAGGGUCGGGCAAGAGGUGGAGGCUUUGAAACGGGUCGGAGUGUGUGACUCUAUCGGGUUGGAUCUGGUACCCUACCCGCCUCUUGUUAUCCAAGGUGACUUUCAUCGUCAGCCGUUCGAUGACGAGACUUUUGACUUUGAGUUUUCGAAUGUGUUUGACCAUGCAUUGUACCCGGAAAAGUUUGUGGGGGAGAUCCAGCGGACGUUGAAGCUUGGUGGGAUCUGUGUGUUACAUGUGGCGUUAUCCAGACGGUCGGAUAAGUACUCUGCUAAUGAUUUAUAUAGUGUUGAGCCGUUGAUUAAGUUGUUUAAUGGGUCGGAUUUUCUUUACUCCAGGAAAGUUGAUGGAUUCGGGUUGGAUACUGAAGUGGUUUUUAGGAGAACGAACGCAAUCCAACGGUCAGGAUUUUAGUUCCUUUUCACAAUUUUUUUCUUUUUGAUUUUUUAUCUACAAAUAUUCAGUUGUAUGCUGUAGAAGCUAUAAAACUAUAAAACUAUAAAUCAUAGAAUUAUAGGUGGCAUUAUGAGGUGUUUAGGUGAAUUGAGUUAUAGAAAUUUUUUCAAUUUGCAUCA